AUGCGGCCAUCCGCAAACCGACAUACACCAGCACUACACCUCAGGCCAACACAAGCGGCCCACACAACACCUGUACAACUAGUAAAGCAAGCUUACGCGCCGAAAAGUACACAAUCCAGCACGGGCCAAACAAGAAUAACAAACACCUCGGCGAAAAAACUGCAACCAGCACCCACGGCGUCGGGGCUGACUAGGCAGCAACAGAGGGACAAGGCGAGGCUGAGGGAGUACAUGGCGACGAAAAGAGCAAAGACAACCCAACAACACCGGCUCAACAACAAAUUGGAAGCUCAUAGCACGCCACCCGCUACUCCCCUACCACCAGCAUCCCGGGACAACAUGGUCGUAGACGGACAGCCGCCAGCCGGUUCUUCCACCGCUGGACAAGCAACCGACACGCCCAUCCCAAACACUGCCGAAACCAUUCCGGAAGAGAUGGAGAUCUCACCGGAGGAGGAGAACGACGUGCUAAGGGACAAAACCCCGGAAUAUCUGGGGAAGGUCGAGAACGAUCACGACGCAACAUGGUGGUCUACAACCUCGGUGGAGUCCUCCCCGAAAAAGCAAGAGUGA